GCGCUAUCCCUGCGCCUCUCAGGCGGCGGGGCUCGGCACUCCCGCUGGGGUCACGGCCAUGGCCGGGUGUGCUCGCGGGUCUGCGCGUGUCGCGCUCGCCUUCCUGCUGGCGCCCGCGCUGGUGGCCCUGCUGGUGGCGCCGGCGCGGGGCCGGGGCGGCCGGGGCCACGGGGACUGGGGCGCCGUCAAGCUGCUGCCGCUGCUGCCGCCGCUGCCGCCGCGUGAGGACGCGGCGCUGGUGGCCCGCUUCGUGACGAACGUCUGCGACUGGGGCGCGCUGGCCACCGUCGCCACGCAGGAGGGGGUGCGCGGCCGGCCCUUCGCCGACGUCUUAUCGCUCAGCGACGGGCUCCCGGGCAAGGGCAGCGGCGUGCCCUACUUCUACCUCAGCCCGCUGCAGCAGUCGGUGGCCAACCUGAAGGAGAAUCCAUAUGCUACGCUGACCAUGUCUUUGGCAGAGACUAGUUUCUGCAGGAAAUAUGGAUUUGAUCCCCAAAGUCCCCUCUGUGCUCACAUAAUACUAUCAGGAACUGUUAUCAAGGUGAGUGAAGCAGAAAUGGAUGUUGCAAAGAAUUCAUUGUUCAUUCGACACCCAGAGAUGAAAACCUGGCCAUCCAGCCAUAAUUGGUUCUUCGCUAAGUUAAAUAUAACCAAUAUCUGGGUCCUGGACUACUUUGGUGGACCAAAAAUAGUGACGCCUGAAGAAUAUUAUAAUGCCACAUUUCAGUGAAGCAGCAUAUGGUGAAUGUAACCUUAUGUACAAAGUUUCUUAGGAAGUUUCAUACAGACUUGAAGUGCUUAAUGUUUCUCUAUGGAAAGUUUCCCAGAAGAUUAGCCAGUUUUCUUUCCUUGCUUGCUUACUUACAGAAUUGAGUUGGAUUGUUACUGCAUUUCUUGGAAGGUGAGAUUUUGCUGGAUAUUUUCAUAUUUUGAAGCCAUUUUCAUAGAGACAUGUCUUUCAUUAUGAUCAAAGAAGUUUUGUUCCAUUGAUUCCAAAUACUUUGCCAACAGUGCUCCUUGAAGAGGAGCAGGUACCAGUUAUAGGAUGCCCAUUGGCAUUUGAAAGUAUGUGUUCUUAAUUCCUGAAAACCACUGUGCUGGGGAGAGGGGUCACGCCCCUACAACUGCUGCCUGAGCCUGUGUGAAGGGCGUGGCUGCUCUUACAGUGCACCUGAAUAAAUCUUGCCAAGACAGACGGUGAUGAAACUCAAAUGGAGCAUCUCACUCAUGGUCCAUUUAUGUCUGACAGUCCUGGGUGUUAUUGAUCCAACACAAGGCAAGACUAUUUCUUAUAAAGAACUUAAAAAAAAAAAACUUUUCAAGUCUAAAGUGAUAAUUAUCUAGAACAAAGUUCAUAAAACUUCCUUAAUUUGAUUUAAUUAAAGAAGUUCUUAUUUUUUUUUUUGCCCCAAAAUGGGACUGUGAAAGAAAGAAAAGAAAGGAGGGGAUUUUGUGUGUAAGUUGUUUCUGGUGUUCUUUUAUAAGCUAAGUUAACCCAGACGUGGACCAACUUAAACCAGGGCCAAAGUCCAUCUCUCAACCACUGUCUGUAGCUUUUUUUCUAAUGGUAUUCAGCAAAGACCUAAGCCUUCCUCAACUGCUUCAAAUCUCUAAAUGGCUUCUAAUGCUGUUACUACCUAAAUCAGAUCAUCAGAGGGAAGACAACAUGACUUUUGAAAAAGAAAUCACAUUUCUUCAGAAGGGAAAACAUGGUUUGCUUUUAUUACCUAUAUACAUGAUUUCAGAAGACUCUGUGAGAUCCUUUAUAAAGAGGUGUGUCAGGAAUCAAGCAACUGAAUCCUUAUAUGGCUAAGAGAGAGGAAGUCGAAUAUGAGUUUGAAGACUACAAAAUGAACUCAUCUGAAAUCCAGCAAACAGCUUCUCUUUAAGAAAAUGCUGUAUCUUAAGCUUGGUAGAGUGGGUUUCUUAUUCAAAGCAUUAAUAAUUAAAAGCAUUAUUUUCAUGAAA